AUGGAUUACCGAGUCAGUCGAUACCGAACUGAACCAGUUCAGGUAGUUUCGGUUGAGUCAGAGCGGCAUUCAUCUGCACCAGAUGGCGGUAUUCAAGGGUCGUCGGCGGAUAUGAACGGAGACGUCGCGCACAAUAACCGGUUACUCUAUGCUGCCGGCGAAAACGACGUGGACAGAGUCAUCGCUCUCUUCUCGCAGGGAGCGAGAAUCGACUACGUCGACAGCAAAGACGGCCAAACGCCGCUUCACAAGGCGUGUUCUAGCGGCAACCCAGAGAUUGUUAAGUUCAUUAUCCGACGCUGUGCGGAUGUCGAUGUUCGGGAUUUUCUCGGAAACACGCCAUUGCAUAUUGCCUGCUCUACGAGGAACGUGGGUGCUGUUAAGUUGCUGAUUGAGGGUGGGGCGGAUGCUAACAAGAUGAUGAAUACCGGUGAAACGGCGCUGCAUGUGGCGAGUAAUUUCGGAGAGGUUGGGAUCCUGCGCUUGCUGCUUGAGACUGAUGUGGAGAUUGAUGUUAAGGGUAAUGAUGGGCGCACACCGUUGCAUAAAGCGGCGAUGGGGGGCUCGCAGGACGCUGCUGAGAUGUUGCUUCAGUUCCGGGCAGUGGCUGAUGCUGUUGAUCAUUGGGGACAGACGGCGUUACAUUUGUGUUUGAGUGGGAAAAGCAUUGAGGUUAUGGAGGUUCUGCUUCGGUAUGGGGCGGAUGUGAACCUGGCCGAUGACGAUGGGAAUACGGUACUGCAUAAGGUCUGCCGGUUUGGGUGGAAGGAUGUUGUGAAGCUUUUGCUCAAGUAUAGGGCGGAUGUUGACAUGAAAGGGUGUGAAGGUAUGUCGGCGCUGCAACUGGCUAAGCAGGGGGGCUUGAAAGAGAUAGUGGACUUGCUUGCUCAAUAUUCGAAGCUUUCCGAUGAACUCGAGGAACAGCCUUUGGUAUAUACCAGACCUAUGAGUGACAAUUCAAUGGGCCGGCCUAUCCGUGAUUCGGUUGAAAAGGCAAGCGAAGAUCCUCAGGAAGAAAGUAAAGGGAUACACCUGACGCCCGAAUUCAACCCCAAUAUCUGGAGCGGAGUACGUCGCGAUAACGGCGAUGGUUUCAUCCUAGCCAGCUACGACAAGCACGAUAUCAGCUUCGAUGCGAAAUUGGAAUCUAUCCGGCCAUGCAUGCACGAAGGGAGAGAGAUGCAUGAGAUCCAGCUAAAGCUCAACUUCAUGCGGCCAUAUUCUAUGAGCCAUCGCAUCCGGUAUGCCCAGGUCGACGCUAUUGUCAGCUCCAAUAAUGCCGAACAUGGUCCUCACAUCCGAGGGGUAAUGCCCCAGGCAGAUCGAAUGGAGGUCUCCGAACAGGAGAUCACCUCCGGCCAAAAGUUUACAGUUGGGGCUGCUGGCAGCGGCGGGCCAUCGAAUGUAAAUAUCAGUAUGGAAGGUUCAAAGACUCGGAAGUCGACGUUCAAAGGUGUACGAAUCAUCCACGGAGCUAUAAGAGACAGACUACGUGCUUCCUGGCGAAUGUACGAGGAACCGGGGAGUAGGAGCGGGUUACCUGAAAUUGUUCGCUUGCUGUUGUUGGUGAACUGCGAGGCCGAGUUCGACAUACGGCUGAGUCUCUCCGCCAAGGCCUGUCAUCUUUUCUCCCUUGGAAUCCCACGCACGUUAACGGCUCCUGAAGGCCCUGUUUAUUCGAUACCCAAGCUCGAUGCCAUCUCUGCAUACGACCAGGAGUCAAGACUGCGGCAAAUGCUGGACGUCGCAGAUCGCGCGGCCAUGAUGGUAGAAGAAGCAGAUAAACUUCGAAAGAGCUUCUCACAGGCAAUCCGUGCUCACAAGAAGAAGCAUCUGAUCAUGCAAGUGGGAGCGAAAGAAAGCUAUUUCCAAGAAUGGUCGGAUAUCAUUGACGCGUCUAAGUCCGGCGAUUUCACUAAUUUACGUGAGAUGAUGCUAGCAAUGGAGGAGUCAGCGCCAGAACCUGAGCUUGACCGAAGGAGACGCCAGGAGGAUAGGCUCGACUCAUCUGCUCCACAGCGAAGGUGGCUGCCACCAGGGGAGGCGCGAUGGGGUCCUCCACCCAGGGAUGAGCAACCGCGGAUGCUCUCGGGGUAUCUGGAACGAAGAGGCUAUAAUCCAGCGCCACAAAAUGCCCUGGAGUCCUUUUCUGCUGUAGGGCCAGGGUACAAUGUCUCUAGGUUGGCAUAA